CCUUUUGUUACCCAUCAUCAGCAAUCAUCAAGACAGUGACUGGAAACGACUUUCUAUCCAUCGGAACUGCGGUGCCUGUUCGAUUCACCUCUACGGUCAAUAGAUCGUCAAAACUCCUAGCAGAGGUAAGCAGAAUCACACGUUGCCCUUCAAUCUCCUUUCUGUUCCAGCCUCUGUGUCUCGACCAGCUGGCCGUUCGCCCUUUGCUGCUGUUGCAUCAUAUCUCUCUGCUCAAAUUAUCUACGCUGUCCAUAGCCCAUCACCAUUGAAGACUCUAACACCCUACAUUCAGUAUCACACUCCGUUCUAACACUCAAACGCCUUUACACAACUUUUCACACUCGCCAACAUGCCCGUCCGCAUCCCCGCCGCAACCCGGACUGAGGUUUGGUGCAUGGGCGCCGCCGGCGUCACCUCGUUGGCCCCAUUCUAUUUGAUGGCCCCGAGCGCCAACGAACGCCUCACCAAGCAAACCACAAAGUGGGCGCCGCGUUGGGAGCGCAACAUUACAUUCUUCAGGACUCCGGCAGAGAGAAGCAUCAACAGAAUCAAGCCGCCGGUUGAAAAGGCAGUUCAGAGGCUGGAGCAGAGGCUUCCAUUGGAGAAGGUCGCCAAACGUGUUGACAGGGGCAUCAAGAAGAACCUUGAUCGCUUGGGGGUCAAGCACACCUGAGUGAGGAACCGAGAAUGACCUGGAUGGAAGUACAAAUGCAGGUGUUUUUCCAAGGAACAGGCCCACGGUCAUACAGCCUCGUACAUAAUACCCUGAAGCAUUCCUUAGGUUUCCUGCACGAUUUCGGUGAUCUCGAAGACGGAUUCUAUUGCCGUUAUUGGGUUAUUACAGGCGUUGUUGACCCAGACAACGGACAACGUCGAAGAGCAAGGUUGCUCUUGUACUCUAGAGUUAGAGUAGCUAUCUAGCCAUGCUUUGAUGUCCUUUGACUGAACAAUGGUUCUCGUCAUGAAGCCUCAAAUCUUCCGCUGUCCCACCAUGUUCGAGAGACAGUCUUCCUAUAUAGUUAUGCUACCGGCAAUUGAAGGGCGCUUGCAUCUGCUUAAGAAGAUUUCUACAAGGCACCAAGGUUUGGUUCGGACGGCGCGUCAUCUCUAGCCCAUUUCUUUCAGAAUUUCUAAAUCAUCACUCGAGCAG